AUGGCAGAAGUUCCCGACCGCCGCCUCAAAAUCGUAGCAGCCGCUGACUCCUUCGGCUGCCACCUGAAGGACACCGUUGUCGCUCACCUCCGCUCCCGCAACAUCGAGGUCGAGGACCUCGGCACCCUCCCCUACUACUCCGUCGGCGAACAAAUCGGCCGCCGCGUCAGCUCCUCCGCCAGCAGCGCUGGAUCAUCCUCCGAAACCCGAGGCCUCGUCGCCUGUGGCACUGGGGUUGGGGUCUCGAUCUUCGCCAACAAGUUCCCUGGCGUGUACGCCGCCACCUGCCUGAACCUUAGCGAAGCGCAGAACGCCCGCUCCAUCAAUAACUCCAACGUUCUCGCGCUCUCCGGCAUGUCCACUUCCCCAACCAGCGCCAUCGAAAUCCUCGACACUUGGCUCGAGACUCCCUUCAAAUCUCCAUGCCCGGCCUCCGACUCCAAACCCUGGGCUCCCGAAAUCGACGACUUUCUGGAGAAUUCGAUUCCCGAAAUGGCGAAAAUUGGAUCGGAUUCGAACGUCUCAGACAACUGCGUGAUUUGUUGUCUGAGCAAGGACCGGGAGUUCAGUCCGAUUGAGGUGAUGCCCGGGGGAUCGAUGAAGAUACUGAGAGAGACGCCGACGUCGGCGAUCGUGAGGUUCAAGGCGGGGAGCGUUGAGCCGGGGCACCACCACACGUUCGGGCACGACCUGGUGGUGCUGAAGGGGAGGAAGACUGUGUGGAACUUGACGAAGCAGGAGAAGCACGAUCUGGGUCCGGGGGAUUUCUUGUUCACGCCGGCGGGGGACAUCCACCGAGUGAAAUAUUUUGAGGACACAGAGUUUUUCAUCAAGUGGGAUGGGCACUGGGAUCUCCUCUUGGACGAGGACCUUGAGGCUGCCAAAGCAGCAUCUGAAGCAGCUGCACUUUCUCCAUGAACAGAAGUAGCUACUUGCCAUAAUGUGCCCAUGCCAACUCAAAUAAAUUGCUACCUCUCGUCUUGUCGGUCUCACAGCGACAUAUGCCAUUAUCAUUUCCUGAAUCUGAUCGAGCCUGAAAGUCGGCAUGUGAAUAUUGUACUUAUGAUGCUUAUAUGAAUGUUUAGAGCGGGCGGGGCAAGAUUUAUCGGUGUGUAUUUUAACAUUUUGUAUUAAAAUCUUGAGUUGGGGAAGAUUCUGAAUGUUGACGUGAGAUAAGAUCACCA